CACACCAUUUUUGUUGUUGAUAUAACUAGUGGCUUAGUUAGCAAAGCAACACAACAAUAUAUUUUGACAUCUUAGUCACAAAACAUAAUAUUCCAAAUCAAACACAAAUCUUUCAUUAUGCCAAACUUCGUAUUUCUUUCCCUAACGAUAAUAAUUUAUCUCUCCACAUUUUACAACAAUUUCGUUGUACAAUCCCUCACCUCAUCCUCUGACAUUGAAGCCCUCAAAGCUUUCAAAGCCUCAAUCAAACCAUCUUCCAUCACACCUUACUCAUGCUUAGCAUCAUGGAACUUCACCAUUGAUCCUUGCUCAGUUCCUCAUCGCACUUACUUCAUCUGCGGGUUCACCUGCACCCUCGACUCCAAAAACAUCAAUCAAAUCACCCUCGACCCUGCAGGCUACUCAGGAACACUCACACCACUCAUCUCUCAACUCACACAACUCGUCACACUAGACCUCUCAGACAACAAUUUCUUUGGUUCAAUCCCUUUUUCACUCUCUUCUCUUUCCAAUCUCAAAACCUUAACACUCCGAUCCAAUUCCUUCUCAGGUUCAAUCCCUUCUUCUAUAACAACACUCAAAUCACUCGAAUCUAUUGAUUUUUCACACAAUUCUCUAACUGGGUCUCUUCCAAACUCCUUGAAUUCUCUUUCAAGCCUUCGUAGAAUCGAUUUGAGUUUCAACAAAUUCAUUGGUUCGAUCCCAAUACUACCACCCAACUUGAUAGAACUUGCAAUCAAGGCCAAUUCUUUAUCUGGGUCUCUUCAAAAAACAACCUUUUUGGGAUCGAAGCAAUUGGAAGUGGUGGAGCUAAGCGAGAAUGUACUCAACGGAAUGAUUGAAGAUUGGUUCUUGCUUUUGCCAUCGCUGCAGCAAGUGAAUUUGGAAAAUAAUAGUUUCACGGGGAUUCAGAUCUCGAGACCUGUGAAAGAUGGAGGAAACAAUCUUGUGGCAUUGAACAUCGGAUUUAACAAAAUACAAGGUUACGCGCCCGUGAAUCUCGCUGCAUAUCCAAUGCUGUCGUUUUUGUCGAUGAGUCAUAAUUCGCUACGUGGCACUAUACCAUUGGAGUAUGGGAAGAUAAAGAGUAUCAAGAAGUUGUUUUUGGAUGGAAACUUCUUCGUUGGGAAGCCGCCGACGGGAUUGUUAUCUGCCGGCGGUGGUGUUUCCGGCAGCUUGGGGGACAAUUGUCUAGAGGGAUGUCCAACUUCUUCGCAGUUGUGCAAACCGGCACAGAAACCCAUUUCCGUUUGCAAACGAGUCUAUCUUGGAAAAUCGUAUUAAUAAUGUUAUUUGUUUGUAAAUAAAAUUGCGAAAUAAAUCUUUGUAUUGACAGCGACAACAAAAAA